UGAAGUGGUUGAAAAUAUUGUAAUUGUUGUGGAAGAAGCGAAAAAAACCAUUUGUAGAGGAAUUCCAUUCCCUUCACAUAGGUAUCUUACUGCCCACUUAUUUUCUUAAAUUUCCUUUGACAACCGACAAAGUUUCUUUUGAGAGCCGACUAAUUCGAUUAAAGUGCGUGAUAGAAGAGGCGGGAAAGCUUAUCCGAGCUCCUAUAUAUUUGAGAUCCGCCAAUAGUGAAGGACGCUACAAUAACCCAAUUUCGUGGCUGGAGAAUCCUCUUUUUUUGUGCCGCUGCUGCAAAAAUAAUUGUAUUGCUCGAAGGUAGCAUGUCUCCUCUCCUUGAAUAAAUUUUGAGAGUGAAUCUGUUGCUGAUGAGGAGUGGACAUUUUUGGAGUACGAUUCAAUUCUAACCAUUUCUAGCAUUAAAAUGGCAAGAGAUAAGGUUCAUAAAGCUUCCAGUGAAACAAAAAAGGUUCUAAGGGAAGUUAAUAACUCAGGAAAAAAGUCUAAUCUGGCCAAUGGAGGCACCUCUGAAACACCUGAUACUCUGAGAAAGAGGAACCAGAAAAGUAAGAAGCAAGAUCAUCCAUCUGAUGGAGAAAAAAAUGAUUCUACAGCAGCUAAUUUGAUUGAAACCAAUCAUUUGGAGUCGGAAGAACUUGAACUGGAAAAGGAUAUGAAUCAAAAGUCUAGCAAGUCAGCUACCAAAGCUCGAAAGGGUAAACCACCCGCUGGGAAAAAAUAUGUCUUGAGAUCGUUGUCAAAUGGAGUUCGGGUACUGAGGCCAAGAUCAAAUAAAAAUGAGAAGACCCUUUGUAAAAGUGAUGGUAAUGCCUUGGAAAGCAGUGCAGAGAAAAGUACAGAAAGGAAAAGAAAGAAUAAAAAGAGAAAACACAUUCAACAUGAUGAACUAUCCAGAAUUAGAAAGCGUGUAAAAUAUUUUUUGCUUCGAAUUGGUUUUGAGCAAAACAUGAUUGAUGCAUAUUCUAGUGAAGGAUGGAAAGGCCAAAGUCAAGAAAAGAUUAGACCAGAAAAGGAGCUUCAAAAAGCUGCAUCAAAGAUUUCGCAGUUGAAGCUUCAAAUUCGUGAAGGUUUCCACCAGCUGCAUACCUUGUUAUUAGAGGGAGUUCUUGAAGAAGCUGCAUUUGAUUCACAGGGUCAAGUGAAUAGUGAGGAUAUUUUCUGUGCAAAGUGUAGGUCAAAAGACUUGUUUCCAGAUAAUGACAUUGUCCUUUGUGACGGGGCGUGUGAUCGUGGGUUUCAUCAGAAAUGCCUUGAGCCUCCUCUGGCAACUGAAGACAUUCCUCCUGGUGAUGAAGGUUGGCUCUGCCCAGGGUGUGACUGCAAACUUGAUUGUUUAGAUUUAGUCAAUGAUUACCUGGGCACAGAAUUUGAACUUGAGGAUGGUUGGGAGAAAAUUUUUGCCGACACAGCUGCCAUUGUAGCUGGAGAUGAGGUACCCCUUGACUUGGAGGACAUGCCAUCUGAUGACACAGAAGAUGAUGAUUAUGAUCCUGAUACUCUGGAAUUACCUGAUGAUAGACAGCAGGAGGGCUCAAGAUCUGAAGAGAGUUUUGGCACAAAUGAUACUAGCAACUCAAGUGAUUCAAGCAGUGAUGAUGAAGGUUAUGAAAGUGGUGAAGGUUCUGAAAGUGAUGAGGCCUCUCAAUCCUCCUUAGAAGGUGACUCAGAGAAUUUCAGUGAGCACUUGGUGGGCUCAAGAAAGAAAAAGUUUAAAAUGGCCAGGGAUAAGAAUGCUCAGGAAAUUUCUGAACUGCCCAAGAUUUCGGAUGUAGACGAGAAAGAUGAUAUUACUUCACCUGUCUCAGGGAAAAGGCAUCGUCAAGAAGUUGACUAUAAGAAGCUUCAUGAUGAGUUGUAUGGACUUGAUGCUUCUGAUAAAAGUAUGAGUGAAGAUGAUGAGGAAUGGGGACUUGGAAAGCGGUCAAAGAAAGGAAGUUUGGCAAAUAUGGAGCAAGGCAGUUCUAGUAUGUCAAAAGGAAAGCAGCUUGGUAAUAUAUCAGUAUCAAAGAAAAAAGUGAAGGCACUUGAUGUAAAGCCUCCAGAAGAUAACGAUAGAUCAAAAUCAACAUUGUUCAAAAAAGGAAAAAGUGAGAAAGAAAAUGGAGAAAGUGCAGUGGCACAGGAAAUAAAGCAUAUUGAGCAGGAGUUUAAUGCAGAAAUUCUACCAUUAGAUGCCAAAUUUCCUACAAAAGAAAAUGCUGCCAGGCAACAGCAGCCUGAAAAUUCUCCAGCAUCAGCCAAGCAAAAUACAUCUUCUAGGAUGCUUACUUCUGCAGUUGAGGAGAUUUCAGGACAUGCUACUUCUGAUAAAAGUAACAGUAAAGAAAAGAAUCAGAACUUUGGGAAGCGAUCAAAGAAAAAAAGGCAGCCUGAUGCAGGACAAGACAAUUCUAGUAUUUCAAAAGGAAAGAAGCAAAAUAAAGCUUCUGUAACAAAGAGAAAAGGAAAGGCAGCUGGUUUUGGGUCUCCUGAAGAUGAUAAUCAAUCAAAACCGUCUGUAUGCAAAAUGGAAAAAAAAGAUAAACAAAAUGAAGAGUGUGCACAGGCAAAUAAAGAGAACUACAAAGACAGCUCUCAUGCAGAAAUUUUACCAUUAGAAUUUAAAUCUCCCACAAAGGAAAGUGAUUUCCAGCAGCAGCAGGAGCAAUGUGGGAGUUCUUCUGUCUCAGCAAAACGACGUUCAUUUAGUAGGUUACCUACUGCUGCUGUUGAGAAGUUUCGCAGCGUUUUUGGUGAGAUCCGUUUUCCAUCACGCUCUUUGAAAGAGGAUUUAGCAAAGGAAUUUGGCAUCUCUUUCAAGAAGGUUCACAAAUGGUUUGACAAUGCACGCAAUCACCCACAAGCCUCUGCUGGAAAGAAGCAAACAGUUACUGUUAAUCAGGAUUCCACACACUCAACUCCCAUCAAAGAUAACAAGGUGCCAGUAGAAUCAAAUGACACAGGCAGAAUGGAGAAAGUGGGAAGCAGUGCUAAAAGCUUUUCUGAACAAGUAAAGAAAAUGGGUAGGAGAAAGCAUGGAAAUAAUGAGAUAAGAAGUCCAACUGAUACUGCCCUUGGAAAGGAGUCAACUAUAAACUGAACUACAGUGCAAAAUUCGUACGGAAUAAACGAAGAGACACUCUGCCACUAUAAUAUGUCUUCAUGCCCAUGCUUCUGUGUGAAAAUUGCUUGCUGUUUACCAUGCACACUGGUCACUGCAAAUGCAAGAAAUGGAGAUAAAUCUAGUUUGAAUUUCAAUGAUUCUUGUCAACUGGUUUAACAAGCAACCAAGUGGCAGAAUUCUCUCUUAAGCACAGGUUGCCUGUUCUAGUAUUCAACUUAGCAUACAUCAUUCCAUUUCAACUUUCAGAUGUUUUGAUCCCUUUUUUCUCCAGUUGCCAACCAAAUAACUAAAAACCAUCUAAUGUUACAUUAUAAUGUAUUAUUUUUCCAAUUGAUAAAUAAUAUCACCUGGGUUUUCUUUUCUUAGAGUACCAGAUGUUGGCUUCUGCAAGGAGAAUGGAUCAGUUUUGCAAGUAAAUCGCUUCUGUUGAAUUUUUGCUACUCAUUUUUUGGACAGAUUCAAAGAGUAGCUUGUUUGAUGAGGGUUCACUGCAAGCUAGUGGCAGCAGCAAAUUUCUGACCAAGGAAAAAUGAUAUUUUAAUUUGAGAUCUGACCCAUUUAGGUUGGAUAAUAUCACUCCUGAAUUUAUUUGAAUAAGUUGUCACAGCUGUCCUAGAGUGCAUGGAUCUGUAUGGCAGAGAAUAAAUAGCACUUUGGCUUUGUUGUCUAAAUGCUGAGAAACUGUUUUGUGGGUACAGCAUACAGGAGAACAUAGAAUAUUAGAGAGAUUUUUUUUUGGUAGUCUUAUCAUUGACAUUAUGCUUGAUGGCAUUAACAUUGAAAACAAAGGAUAAUCAACUGUCUUACUGUUUUAUGUUCUCCUGUUCCUUUUCCACACUGGAUUAAGCUAGCAAUUUGAUUGCACUCUUUAAAGCCUUGUUCCCGAGCAAUCCAGAAGUGAAUGGCUCCUCUUCAGAUGUCUACGAAUGACUUGCAGCUAUCAUUAUUUCUCACAGAAAUCUGGACACACAAGGUUUUGUUCUGUAUCAGAAAUGCCAACCUUUUUGGCAUUAAUAGAUAUUAGAAAUAGCACAUUUGUGUUUUCUGACAUCUGCAAAGCAAAUUUGUAUGUAACAUAUGGAUCUGUUUGAAUUUUGGAGAAUUGCAGUUAAAUUGCAACGAGCAGAUAAUUAUGGGCAUAGCCAUGAGCCAACUCUAAUAAUAAAUCUAAUGAUACAGUCCAAAUAUCAUCACACCAAAAAUUCAAUCUGUCAA